CUCUCUCUACUGUGAACUGUUCAGUUGAAUUGUAUAUCUCUCCGUUCAAACAUCUAUACAUUCAUAUUUUUGGAUUUUUCUUUUAAAUAAAAAUUGUUAAAUUUAUUUAUCUCAGAGGAGAAAAAUGGCUUAUGUGAAUCAAAAUUUACGCAUGGUCCGCUCUAACCUUAAUCCGGCUGCAAAAGCCUUCGAGUACAAGCCAAAGGCCAAAGCUGAUCCGCUCAAGAAAGUGGCCAAUGUGCCGCCGAAUAUACGUGACCUGGCUCUCAACCCAUUGGCCAAGGUAUUUGUGUACAAGUUUGCCGAGGAGGGCGCCUCCGCUGCAUGUCCAGCUAACUAUAACAGUCGUGGCCAACGUGGCGACAAGGAAUCGAUGUUGGUUUACUAUCAGCCAGCUCCGCAUAUCUAUCCGAUAAUCAAUGGGCACAUCGUUAAGCUGAUUCAUAGCCAGACUGGUGCUCCCUUGGUGGGCACAGAUGAUGAUGCGUCGACACCCUUGCUCGUCUAUCCGCAGGAUUCGGACUAUCAAUAUGAUGAGAAUGUGCAAACGUUGGAGCAGUAUGCCUUUGAAACCAUACCAUAUAAGCCACCUCCCUAUAUUCCGACGCUUACUCCUGAGCAGCAGCAGCAGCAACAACAGCAGCAACAACAACAACAGCCACAGCCUCAGGCUCAGGCUCAGCAAAAGAAGCCACAACCACCAAAGGGUCCUGCAUGGCGUCGUGCAGCUAAUUACCGCAAAAAGAAUAAGUAUGCAACCAAUCAACUAGAGAAAGAGAUGACGCUGGCUUUCCAAAAUAAUUCACGGGGACCCAGUGUUUAUCAGUCUCUUUUGAGACUGAUUGCGGACAUCAAGAGACCAAUUUCAUAUACAGAGAUCAUAGACGCCCUUGCCGAACGUCUUCAGCGUACCGAGGUUGAGUUGAAACGCAUGCUGCCUGCAGCCCUUCAUCAGGCUAUUUUAAUGGGCUAUCUACGUAAAGUGGACAAUACUGUAACCGAAGAUGUGCAGCAGCCCCAAUAGGAUGCUGGGAGAGGGAUUGGGAGAGGGGGAGUCCAGGAUGAAACAUAUUUGGUAGAUCUUUUCUACUUUCACACUUGAAUUGUCAAUCGCAUUGCUCGUAUCUCUGACGUGUCUCAAUAAAUGCCAUCAAGAGUGACGUAACGUAAUGAAGUGACAUGACGUUACGUAACAAAUGGCAUACAAAUCCACUUAACUAGUGCAUAGUUUAAA